UCUUUUUGAUUCAUCAAGUCAAUAUUGUCAUUGUUCCUCUUUCAACAGCAUCGACUGCAUUGGGAUAUAGCAGCUUCAUCUCAUUGUCGAACAGCUUUCCCUCUCAGGGCAGAUACCUGCCGCAGUCAACUGCCAUGGCGGUACUAGGUCUUCCAACGAUCCCUCUCCCACUUGUUAUUGUCGCCUCUGUGGCGGUCUUCGCCCUGUACAAAAUCUAUUAUGAGCUUACAACUGGCGCGCGACGGCGGCGGAUGAUCCGCGAAAAUGGCUGUCAAGAGGUCUACGCCUUUCCGCACAAGGGGAUAGGCGGUUACCUCCUUGGUCUGGACGUUAUCAAGGAGAUGAUCCAAUCCGGGAAAGAUGGUCGCAUGCACGAAGCGACGAGACUGAGGAACUUCAGCAAUGGUCGUAAUACCAUCCGACUCAAGUUGAUGCGGUUCCGGAUGAUUUCCACCAUUGAACCCGAGAACAUCAAGGCCAUCUUGUCGACCAAGUUCGCCGACUUCUCGCUGGGACAGCGGAGACGGGAAGUGUUCAUUCCAGUCUUUGGUCAUGGCAUUUUCACAACCGACGGAAGUGCAUGGGAAAGAUCGCGCGCCAUGGUGCGACCUAACUUCACUCGGCAGCAGGUGGCCGACCUUGACAUGUUCGAAGUUCACAUGUCGCAUUUGAUCGACUCGAUCCCGCGGGACGGGUCGACGGUCGACUUGCAGGAUCUUUUCUUCGGAUUGACCAUGGAUUCGGCGACCGAGUUUCUGUUCGGACGUUCAACGAACACACUUGCACCAGGACUGGAAACCAAGUCGGCGAAUGAGUUCGUCAAGGCUUUUGUUUAUGUCACGGAGAACAUGUCGAAGAACCUCCGCUCAAGUGGUUUGACUGAGUGGUUCCCUAACGCGGAAUGGACACGUAACGUCAAGAUUGUUCACAGUUUCGCCGACGACAUCAUUCGUGAAGCGAUGGACCAGGCCAAGAGCCAGAAAAGCUCGGGUCGCUACCUGUUUUUGCAUGAGCUGUUGAAGUACACCCAGGAUCCGUAUGCGCUGCGCUCGGAACUGAUCAAUAUCCUCUUGGCCGGGAGAGACACUACUGCAGGCCUUUUGUCCAACACCUGGCACGUACUCUCGAAACGGCCCGACAUCUGGAACAAGUUGAAAGCUGAAGUUGAUGGACUGGGCGGAGAGAGACCGGACUAUACCACGAUCAAAGAGUUGAAGUACCUCAAAUGGGUGCUGAAUGAGUCCCUCCGGCUGAUGCCCGUUGUGCCGGGCAACAGUCGGGAAGCGAUUAGGGAUACUGUCCUGCCCGUCGGUGGAGGUCCGGAUGGCCGGUCUCCCAUCUUGGUGAAGAAAGGCGAGGUGGUGGCAUACACGGUGUGGUCAAUGCACCGUCGUGAAGACUUCUACGGCCCCGACGCACUCGAGUUUAAGCCGGAGAGAUGGGAGAAGCUACGACCUGGAUGGGAGUAUUUGCCAUUCAACGGCGGGCCUAGGAUAUGUGUCGGCCAGCAAUAUGCGCUGCUGGAGGCGAGUUACGCGACGAUCAGGUUGAUUCAGUCGUUCCCUCGCAUCGAGAGUCGAGAUGAGCGCGAAUGGAGGGAGUGGUUGACCAUCACGCUUGCCAGCGGAGUUGGCUGUAAGGUGGCGCUGUUCGAGAAGUGAGAGUCGCUGUUUCUUGAGUGUGAAGGAGUCUUAGGAACAUUACUUGUAUCAUUAUCGAACUGACGUUUACUAUUCUUUUUGAUACAGGCCUAUUGAGUGACCCUGACCAAACGCUUAGCUCCCUGCUCGGAAGGA